AUGGCCGUCAACGCGAACACUUCUCAAUUUCUGGAGCUGGAUGUCGACCGGCGGGCAGCGUCGCCGACGCCUGGCACGUCAUUGCCUGAGGACGAUGGCAUGCGCGCGCUGAGGUCCAAGAUGCACGAGAUCCGCAACCUGGCUGCCUCGACAGAAGAGAAGGCAAGAGCAAUGCAUCUGCUCAUGACAAAGGACUACAUCACCAUGAACAACCCUGACCACGAUAUGCCCGACUUAUUCCAUCAAGGCCCCCUCUGUCACCCUGUCCAAUCGAACGACAACCCAUACAACAUCACGGAUCAAGACCUCGAGCCCAGCUACUGCGCUGACCAUAUCAACGACGAAGGCACUGGUUUGGGAUGCGCACACUACAGCAGAAAUGUCAAAGUCCAAUGCUUCGACUGCAACCAAUGGCAUCCAUGCCGCCAUUGCCACGACGCUUCACCAAAUCUACCCUUUCCUCAUGGACUCAAUCGUAAAAUGACACGCAACAUGCUAUGCAUGCUCUGCAGUACUCCCCAACCUGCCAGUCCAACGUGCACCAACUGUGGCGUCGACUCUGCCUACUACUAUUGCUCAAAAUGCAAGCUCUGGGACAAUGACAGCACAAAAAGCAUCUAUCACUGCGAUGACUGUGGCAUCUGUCGUCGUGGUGAGGGUCUAGGCAAAGACUAUGUCCACUGCAAGCGAUGCAACGUUUGUAUCUCUAUAUCCACCAGCAGUACACAUCCCUGCGUCGAACGCGCGACAGACUGCGAUUGUCCCUUGUGUCUCGACUACCUCUUCUCGUCAUCGCUGCCGGUAGUGAGUCUGGCUUGCGGUCACUAUAUGCAUGGAAGCUGCUACAAAGAUCUCAUGCACGUCACAUAUCGCUGUCCGGUGUGCAACAAAUCUGCCGUCAACAUGGAGCUUCAAUGGCGAAAACUCGAUGAUGAGAUCCGUCUACAGCCCAUGCCAGAAGACGAGUUCGAAGACUCUGCCGCUGCAAAAGCGAACCCUACGCAUCGGCGAGUACCUCGGAAGGUGUUUGUUGGCUGUAAUGACUGCGGAGGACGCGGCUGGUCCGCCUUCCACUGGCUCGGUCUAAAGUGUCCCCAUUGUGACGGCUACAACACAUCCCAGACCGCUUACUUAGGUUCUGAAACACCUGGUGCACGACCAAUUGUCCGUCGCCACGAGUUCGCUGGCGUAAACGCACUACCGGCUGUAGUGACAGGCGACGAAGAGAGAGCAGAUAGCGCUUAUGGCUGUCCAUCCUCGCCAGCACAGAUCCCCAUCCCUCAACAACACCUGCCGGUCCAACAACCAGUCUUCGCACCGCACUCACCCACAGGAAGAAGCUACUUCCUUCAAGCCGAAUACGAAGAAAGCCUUCGCAACACUGAACGCGCGAUGAGUGCUGGCGAUGCGUUCCGUAAUCUGCCCUAUGAUUUCCUCCAACGCUUGAACACUGAGCGUGCAUUAAGCGCUGGUGACGCUUUCCGCAACUUACCCUAUGAUAUCCUUCAACGGUUCAGCAGAAGUCUGUCGCCUAUGCGCUACUAUCUCGAAGGCUUGGACUCUGGCGCCAAUACCACCAACCCACCUCAAAAUGUAGAAGAUGCCGCACAAAAAGAUGCCGAGCAACAUUCUCGACGACCACCGACCGCACAGUCGCAUGAAAGUAGUUUUUGGGGUGAAGGCAAUGCGGGAGUAUUCUUUGGCGACAUCUCCGAAUCUGACGAUGAAGAGGAAGAUGAUGACGGAGAAGGAGACGAAGAUGACGAGGAAGAGAGCGAUGAUGAAGAUGAUGACGACGACGAUGGUGUGGGCAGUCAAGUCGGAGAUCGAGAUGCUUUUCCAGUGGAAGAUGAGUAUGAUUUGAGGUUGCCUGGGCAUAUUUGA